GAAAAGAGUUGUUGCUAUAUAUAAAAAAAGAAAAACAUAGAAAUGAAGCGCUUCCGCACUCGGACAAAAGGAAUUCCACCAGCAAGCAUUUCUGAAGACUCCUGCCGAUUCUUUAGGCUGCGGGUUGUGCUGAAUCGCAUUCUUUACCUCCCACGUGUUCUCAGCAGUAGUGUGAUCAGAACUGGACUGGCGGUCAGCUCUUAAGUACCCGCUGCAGUCCACUUCACUGCAUUCAGAAGUUUGUCUGCUUCAGGAUGGCUCAGGAUACUGUUCCUAAUGCUGAAAUUGAAUCACCAAGGAGACGGUCUGGUCUAUUGAGAGAUCAAGUUCAAUUAGUUAAGAGAAAGGAUUCUGAUCGUUAUGAGAUUGCUCCAAUCCAAGAUCCUUUGUCAUUUGAGAAGGGUUUUUUUGUGGUUGUUCGUGCAUGCCAGUUGUUGGCUCAGAAGAAUGAAGGAAUGGUGUUAGUGGGGGUAGCAGGCCCCUCUGGGGCUGGAAAGACGGUGUUUACAGAGAAGAUACUCAACUUUAUGCCUAGUGUUGCUAUUAUAAAUAUGGAUAACUACAAUGACGCUACCCGUAUUAUUGAUGGCAACUUUGAUGAUCCACGCUUGACGGACUAUGACACUCUGCUUGAGAAUAUCCGUGGUCUGAAAGCUGGAAGCCCUGUCCAGAUUCCUAUAUAUGAUUUUAAGUCUAGCUCCCGCAUAGGCUACAGGACUCUGGAAGUUCCCAGCUCGCGCAUUGUUAUUAUUGAAGGAAUAUAUGCCUUGAGUGGGAAACUACGGCCUUUGCUGGACCUCCGUGUUUCUGUUACUGGUGGAGUGCACUUUGACCUUGUAAAACGUGUUCUCAGAGAUAUUCAACGUGCUGGACAAGAGCCUGAAGAGAUAAUUCAUCAGAUUUCGGAGACGGUUUAUCCCAUGUACAAGGCUUUUAUAGAGCCAGAUCUGCAAACAGCACAUAUAAAAAUCAUCAACAAAUUUAAUCCAUUCUCCGGAUUUCAGAAUCCCACAUAUAUAUUAAAGUCAACAAGGCCAGUGACUGUGGAUCAAAUUAAGGCUGUCCUUUCCGAAGAUUAUAGAGAAACUACAGAGGAAACUUAUGACAUUUAUCUUCUCCCACCUGGAGAAGAUCCUGAAGCAUGCCAAUCAUAUUUGAGGAUGAGGAACAGGGACGGGAAGUACAAUCUCAUGUUUGAGGAAUGGGUCACUGAUAGCCCCUUCAUAAUAUCACCAAGAAUUACCUUUGAAGUCAGUGUGCGUCUUCUUGGUGGACUAAUGGCACUAGGCUAUACAAUUGCAUCCAUCCUGAAACGAAGUAGUCAUGUCUUCUCGAAUGAUAAAAUUUGUGUGAAAACGGAUUGGUUGGAGCAACUUAAUCGCAAGUACGUCCAGGUACAAGGAAGAGAUCGUUUAUAUGUCAAAUAUGUUGCUGAGGAGCUGGGAUUGGAUGGUUCCUACGUUCCACGCACAUACAUAGAACAAAUUCAACUGGAGAAGCUCAUAAACGAUGUUAUGGCACUGCCCGAUGAUUUGAAGACAAAGCUCAGCAUAGAUGAUGAUUUGGUCUCAAGUCCUAAAGAAGCUUUAUCCCGAGCCUCUGCAGAUAGGAGAAUGAAGUUCCUGAAUCGUGGGAUCUCUCAAUCUUACUCAACGCAGCGCGACAAAAAUCUUACCAAGCUAACAAAACUUGCUGUUAACAAUCGGAGGUAUGAUGCAAGAACCCCAGAUUCACCAGCUGCACUUGCUAAUCAGGGCAUCGUUACUCAGUUAUCUGAACAAAUUUCCACACUGAAUGAGCGAAUGGAUGAAUUUACAUCACGGAUUGAAGAACUAAACUCAAAAAUUCCAAUCAGGAAAGUGUCGGCUAGCCAGCAAAAUUUGGCAUUGCAGGCUGAAGCCUGUAAUGCAACUGGUCAACUUCUACCCAAUUCCUCCUCAUCGUCGCAAUUGGCAAGGGAGUCUCCUUUGAUGGAAGAGGUACUACAUAUUGCUCGAGGACAACGUCAAAUCAUGCAUCAAAUCGACAAUCUGAGCAGUCUCCUCCAUGAAUAUUAUGGGGAAAGGUCUCUUCAAGGACGAACACAUCAGACAGGAGGAGCACAGGAUGUAGGCUCUAUUGGCAUUCCUUUACUUCUCUCUUUGGCUGUCGCCGGUGUUGGAAUUCUAUUGCUCAGAACUGUGCCGUCACAAAAAUAAAUGUGGAUUGCUGCUCGUUUGCGCUUACUCUAUGGACUGUAUUGUAUAUAUAGUAGAUGAAGAUGAAGUGAGAUAUACUUUCUGACACGUACUCGGACUGAUGGGAAGAAAAUACGGACUCUGCAAUAGUAAGACUGCAAAUAAAUUCGAAGUGGAGGAAUGCAUAACACAAUUGUUGAGUGGCAUUUUGUAGGUGGCCAGUUAGGCUUAGAAUAACAAUAUAACGCAUCAGGCAGCAUACAAUAGGCCUUGUUUCUGCUUGGGGAUGAGAAUGAUCUAAUAAUUGAUAUUCAAAGAUCUAGAGUAUAUGUUUAAUGCAUUUUAAUGAGGAUUCUUUAUUUGUUGUAUC